GUGACGCAUCGGCGAUAGCUAUUGAAAUCGCUGAUGAUAAAAAUAUCAUUUUUACUAUCUAAAGCCUAAAACCAAGCCCUUCCUAAUGAUAAAAUACGUUUUAUAAACUAAGUGUUACAUAUUCGAAUGUAUGAAACCAGUUAUGUGUUAAGUUUCACUCAGUAGAAGAAAUUGGUGUAUGCGUGAAAAACUACAUAAUUUCACGUGAAUUUUAAUUACCAGCCGGUUAAGAUGUGGAAGGCAUCAACGGAUGUGACUGCGCCAGCGCCUGAGGAGGCAGAUGACUGGGAGACAGACCCUGACUUUGUGAACGAUGUUACGGAGCAGGAGCAAAGAUGGGGGCCGGGAGGAAGACAUGUGGAAGCCAUAGAUAUGGCGAAGUUAAGAGAAGAGGUAUUUGAAUCAGACAAGCAAGCCAAAAAGCAACAGUACGAGGCUGGACCGAAACCAUCAUUUGGGUAUGGCGGUAAAUUCGGCGUACAAUCAGAUAGAAUGGACAAAUCGGCCGUUGGACACGACUAUGUCGGCAAAACUGAAAAACAUGUCUCGCAAAAGGAUUAUGCACAAGGUUUCGGGGGUAAGUUCGGCGUGCAAACAGACAGAAUGGACGCGAGCGCGGUGGGCCACGACUAUGUGGGGAAGGUGGAGAAGCACGCCUCGCAGUCCGACUAUGCCAAGGGCUUCGGAGGGAAGUUUGGAGUGCAGACUGACAGGGUUGAUAAGAGCGCAGCAGGCUGGGAACACAAAGAACAGAUAGAGAAACACCCAUCCCAGAAGGACUACUCAGUAGGCUUUGGUGGGAAGUUCGGAGUUCAGUCCGACAGACAAGACGCGUCCGCUGCGGGCUGGGACCACCACGAGGCGCACCACACGCACGAGUCACAGAAAGAUUACAAAGAGGGUUUCGGCGGUAAGUUCGGCGUGCAAACAGACCGACAGGACGCGUCAGCGGUAGGGUGGGAUCACCAGGAGAAAACACCCGCGCACGCCAGCCAAGUUGACCAUAAAAAGGGUUUCGGUGGAAAAUUCGGCAUACAAACAGACAGAGUGGACAAAUGUGCGCACAGGUUUGACGAAGUGGAGAAGGUUGGCACCAACUACACCAAGCAGCGGCCCGACAUAGGCGGCGCCAAGCCGUCCUCCAUCCGAGCCAAGUUUGAGAACAUGGCCAAGGAAAAAGAACAGGAAGCGCAGCAGUCUGUACAAAGAAUAAGACAAGAAAGACAACAAAUAGACAAAAGUCUAUCGGAAAAGGAAAAAGAACGUCUAGCAAAAGAAAAAGCAACAUCCAAGGAAGAACCCACACAACCAAAACCCGAAGAAACAAACACAACCGCACCCCAAAUAUACACAAACGUAAACAUUAACACAAACACAACCAAAAAGACUGAAGAAAAAGUAGACGUAGUGGCUUCUUCAACAGAAGUUCCAAAAAGUCCAAUUCAGGAAGUGAAACAAAUCAUCUUACCUGAUGUUACUUUAGUUGGAGAAGGCAAAGAAGAAGAGAAGAUUGACAUUAAAGAAGAGAAGGAAGAAAUAACCCGUCAACCAACGAUAGUGGUCUCCCCUGUGGGAUGGGAGAGCGAGAUGGCUGCGGAAACGGACGCGGAUGACGAGGACGGCUAUACCGCGCGCGCGCUCUACGACUACCAGGCGGCCGCGCCUGAUGAGAUAUCCUUCGACCCUGACGACCUCAUCACUAACAUUGUUAUGAUCGACGAAGGAUGGUGGCAAGGACUGUGUAAAGGUGCUUACGGACUGUUCCCAGCCAACUACGUACAAUUACAGGACAAAUAACUAAUCUAAUGACUUACAUUCCUUAGGCUAUUGUUAAAUGUUUCGUCAAAAAAAAAAAUAAGAAAGAUGAAGUCAAAAAAUGAAAGUAUAAAUAUGACAAAUUGUUAUAUUAUAUGUUUUUAUGCGUAAACCGUUAACGAGUUAUGUGAAAACAGUGUAUUGUCGAGUUGUAGCUUUUAAAUAGUUUUUCAAAAAGUUCGCAACACAGAAUCAUACGUAUAUCUUAAAGGUUAAUUGAGAAAAAAAAACCAACUUAUUUAAAUAUUAAUCAAAAAAAUUAAUAAAUCACCUACUAUUUGGCGUGAUAGCAGAAAAAAAACUUUAAUAUCAGUUGGGGACAUGCGUCUUAGGAAAAAAACUGCGCUCAUAGCAAGCAUACUUCUUGAAUUCUUAUAAUAUAUAGUUUAGGAAGAGAUUUAUAAACAUAUUAUAUUAUAUUAGUAUCGUUAACGUAGAAUAGGCUAUAUUAUAGAUAGAUAUAUUUAGCUUAUAGCUUAGAGUAAAUAUAAGCCAGCUGUAGAGCUCCUUACAUCCAUUUAAUCAAUCUAUCUAUAAUUAUAACUUAGCAACGUUGUUAUUUGUCAAAAAAGACCAACAAUCAAGUACAACUAAGUACAAUUAAGUACAACUAAGUAACUUAUCGAUAUUGGUUAUUAAUUAUGAAGUUUGAACAAUAGGAGCGGAGAAGACUUACUCCGUUGCCCCUUCAUUCAGCUCUAUAGCUCGCUUAUAAUUUAUUCUAAUUUCUCGUGCAUAAGCACUAUCAAUUCUUUUUUAUACCUAGGUAUUGAGGAAAAAUUUGUGUAAACAAUCAUGUAUUAAUUAUCAUUAUUUAAGUAUGAAAUGUGGAAUUGUUAUAAAUACAAUAAGCAUAUUUUUUCCACUAAAUAACUUUUUGUUAACUUUUUUAUGUCAACUUAGUAUUAUUUCAGAUUUAUAGUUGACACAUAAUACUUUUUUAGCCUAUGAGGCUUUAAAUUACCUCAUAAAUGGUGCCUAUUAGAUUAUACGGGAAUCUCUAAAUUCUAACGUCUAAGAUUUUUGACGGCCUUCCUGGCGCAGUUCUCUUAACUCUUAUUAGUGGGAG